AUGUUGGCAGGAGGGCAUCUUGUUGAGGAAGUGCUUGAACAACAAGAGGGUGUCAAAUCUGAGGAGGUGCAAAAGCGUUUGCUGCAUUUUGGUUUUGACAAACUUCAAGAUAAAUCCAAGUUUUCAGCUUUCAAUGAAGGUGAUUAUGAUGAGGACUCAUAUGAGUUUAAUAAGUUUGUUGAUGACGCAGAAACUCCAUUAUUUGAAGAUAGUGAACACACUAAGUUAGAUGCAUUGGUGCAACUUCACAAUUUGAAAGCUAGGUACGGCAUGAGUGAUACUUGCUUUUCUGAGUUACUUGCUACUGUUGGGUCUUUGCUUCCAAAAGAUAAUGUAUUGCCUCCAACUAUAUAUGAGGCAAAGAAGACUCUCACUAAUUUGGGGCUACAAUAUGAGAAAAUACAUGCAUGUCCUAACGACUGCAUAUUGUAUCGGAAACAGUUUUCUGAUGCAAGUACUUGUCCCAAGUGUGGGGUCUCUCGUUGGAAGCUAAAGAAGGAUAAAACAAUCAAAGUGGGGCAACCCGCCAAGGUGUUGUGGUACUUUCCUAUAAUUCCCAGAUUUAAGCGCUUAUUUAGAUCUGUCGGAAUUGCUGAAAUGCUUACUUGGCAUGAGGAUAAGCGAAUUAAGGAUGGAUACAUGCGCCAUCCAGCUGAUUCUCCUGCUUGGAAGUUGGUUGAUUAUAAGUGGCCAGAAUUUGGUAGUGAUUCAAGAAAUCUUCGGUUAGCAUUGUCAGCAGAUGGUAUUAACCCACAUAGCUCUCUAAGUAGUAGGUAUAGUUGUUGGCCCGUAAUAUUGGUGACUUAUAAUCUUCCUCCAUGGUUAUGCAUGAAGAGGAAGUUUAUGAUGUUAUCUCUGUUAGUUUCUGGUCCCAAACAGCCAGGAAAUGACAUUGAUAUUUACCUGGAGCCAUUAAUUGAUGAUUUGCGAACUUUGUGGGAUGGAGUUAAUGAUGUGUAUGAUGCUCAUAGGAAAGAAUACUUCACUCUAAGGGCUGUUUUGUUGUGGACCAUCAACGACUUUCUCGCAUAUGGAAACUUAUCGGGGUGCAUCACUAAAGGUUACAAAGCAUGUCCAAUUUGUGGUGACACAACUUCAGCCAUCCAUUUGCCUCAUAGUAGGAAAAUGUCUUAUGCCUGCCACCGUAAGUUCCUGCCUCGUCAUCAUCCUUAUCGGAGGGCCAAAAAAGCAUUUAAUAAUGAGCAAGAAUUUGAAGUUGCACCUACACCGUUAUCCGGAGAGGAAGUGUUAAAGAGGGUAGAACAUGGAAGUUAUGAGUAUGGGAAGGGAAAAAAGAAGAAGAAUUCAAUCGCUGCCGGUACUUCUUGUUGGAAGAAAAAAACCAUUUUUUUCAACUUAGAGUAUUGGAAAUCUCUUCAUAUUCGCCAUUGUCUCGAUGUAAUGCAUAUUGAGAAGAAUGUUUGCGAAAGUGUGAUUGGUACCCUACUAAACAUGCCUUCUAAGACAAAGGAUAGUGUGGUUGCCCAUUUAGAUAUGGUUGACAUGGGUGUUCGUCUUGAUUUGGGUCCAAAUAUUGGGGAGAAAAAAACAUUUUUGCCUGCUGCCCCUUAUACUUUGUCGAGAGCAGAGAAGAUAAAAAUGUGUACUUCUUUCUUGUUUAUGAAAGUUCCUUAUGGUCAUUCAUCAAACAUUAAAAAUUUGGUGUCCAUGGAUGAUUUGAAAUUGUAUGGAUUGAAGUCACAUGAUUCACAUACAUUAAUGCAACAGUUGCUUCCUGUGGCCAUUCGUUCGGUGCUUCCCAAGCAUGUUCGAAUUUCUAUAAUGAGGCUGUGCUUCUUUUUUAAUGCUUUGUGCACCAAAGUGGUUGAUGUGUCAAAGUUGGAUAAGUUGCAAUCUGAUUUGGUUCUGACCUUGUGUGGGUUAGAGAAGAUAUUCCCUCCCUCCUUUUUCGACAUAAUGGUACAUCUUACUGUGCACCUAGUUAGAGAAGUGCGAUUAUGUGGCCCUGUUUUCUAUAGGUGGAUGUACCCAUUUGAACGGUUCAUGAAAGUUUUGCAGGGGUAUGCUCGUAACCGUUUUCAUCCCGAAGGGUGUAUAGCAGAGAGUUAUGUUGGAGAAGAAGCUGUAGAGUUUUGCUCGGAGUUUGUUCAACGUUGUAAUCCAAUUGGGAUUCCUAAGGAUCCAAGUACGCUCUCGGGCCCACUUUCUAGUGCGAAACUGAAGUCCAUAGAUGAGAAAGACAGAGACCAGGCACAUCUUCAUGUGCUGUCCAAUAAUGCUGAGGUGGAUCCGUAUAAGAUAUUGGUUUCAGCUCAAAUGAAGGAAAAUCCGACUGAGGUUUCCCAAACAAUUAGAUGGCUAGCUGGAAAACCGAGUUUUACAGUGUUUAGUUAUGAAGGGUAUCGGUAUAAUGGAGUGAAAUACUUCACAAAGCAACGAGACAAUGCUAGAGCUGUCCAAAAUAGUGGUGUGACCUUAGUGGCUAAGACGAUGCAGGUUUCCAGUGCCAAGGAUAAAAAUCCAGUUGAGAGUGAUAUGACAUUUUAUGGGAUCAUUGAAGAGAUUUGGGAGGUCGAUUAUCAUGAAUUCAAAGCCCCUUUGUUUUUGUGUCGAUGGGCAGAGAAUGAAAAGGGAAUAAAACAAGAUGAGUUUGGUUUUACAUUGGUCAACCUUAAUCGACAGGGCCAUAAGAAAGACAAAUUUGCUUCUGCUGGUCAAGUGAAGCAAGUUUUUUAUGUGGAAGAUCCGAUCGAUGUAGACUGGUCGGUUGUACUAACGACCCCAAAUAGAGACUAUCGUGAUUGUUUCUAUGAAGAUGAUCUAGGGGACACCUCCAUGGAACAUCAACCUUUCUAUGCAGAAAUACCGUUACCUUGUGAUGAAGAGGAGAAUGAGGAUGAUGCCACUUAUAGGAGACCAAAUGUGGAGGGGUUCUUGGUUGACCAGUUCACCACUCCAAGAGAAUAA